GCUUUAGGAAACCAGGCAAAUGUCUCUUUGGCCAGUCAUCACCCAGAAAGUAAUUCUCUCAGUACGGAAACAAAGCUCUGUAUGUAAGGCAUAACGCCCCUGGGAGAACUCCUCGCCCUCCUACACAGGCGUGCUGGUGCACACACACCCCGCUCUCCAUCACCGACAGCAUCUGAGCUAGGAGGCUGGCAGGCGGGCCGCAGUCCUGUAGCAAAGAGACACAUCUACACACACACACACACACACACACACACGAGCGCGCACGCACACACACAUACACACACAUUACUGGGAAGAUCAGGACCCCUGCUCUGCUCAGGAAUCUGGAAUGAGAACCCCCGAAGGAAUGGCCAGGAGGGAGGGAGAGGUGGGAGGAACCACUUGGAGGGGCCCGAGGAGUCCCGUUGAGGCCAGCCCCUCAGCGAGGCCCCUCCAGGAGAACCCCGUCUCCAAGAGCUUCGCCAGCCGCUUGCCGCCCGCCGGGCUGGAGGUGGGGUAGCUCAGAAUCAACUGACGCAGCCGGGAUUUGAGCUUUGCGAAGCCACUCGCAGGGAAGGGAAGCAUCUGCCCCUCCCUCCCCCACUGCGCGCCCUCGAUCCACAGCCUGCCCCCUCCCCCCGUGACGUCACCCCAGCCCUGUCCCGGGGAACCUGCAAAGCCUCUCAAAUUCAAACUGCUGGGCGCACUGCUGCCACUGCCCCCGGAUUGGAAGUGCGCGCCCAGGCUCGGCCGCCGCCGCCGCCCGCCAACCCGGCCGGCCCGCUUCCCGACCUCCCUGCGCAGUCGCACCCCCGGGUCCCGUCGGCUCAGCGCCCCGCCGCCCCAACCCUCCUCUUCCUCUCCUACCGCCUGCCGGAUUUCUAAUUUAUGCGCAUCCCCCAGCAAAAAAAUUAAAUCUACCAACAGAAAGCAGGGCAUCCCUCCGGAAGCGGCGUCUUUUACCUUGCUCUCCCUCUCUUUCUGAAGAUGCUAAACUGCUGGCGGACUGCAGAGGAGAGGGGUCCCGUCUUCUCCUGAUGUUUAAAAAAAAAAAGUAAAGCAAUUUCUGCCGCGAGCCCAGGAUGGGCGAGCCGCCCGAGAUCUCUUCAAGAUACCCCAGGGGCGGAGGAGAUGGGCUGGAUUUAGUAGGACAACUCGGUUACUAAUGACUCCGCGGCUGGCGGCGACCCGCCGGGAAAUCAGGUUUGCCUGUAGGUACCUGAGCUGACACCGACGGUGCCUAAAGAUGCUGAGCGGCGUUUGGUUCCUCAGUGUGUUAACCGUGGCCGGGAUCUUACAGACGGAGAGUCGCAAAACUGCCAAAGACAUUUGCAAGAUCCGCUGCCUGUGCGAGGAGAAGGAAAACGUGCUGAACAUUAACUGCGAAAACAAAGGAUUUACAACUGUCAGCCUGCUCCAGCCCCCCCAGUAUCGAAUCUAUCAGCUUUUCCUCAAUGGCAACCUCCUGACGAGACUGUACCCGAACGAGUUCGUCAAUUACUCCAACGCGGUGACUCUCCACCUCGGUAACAACGGGCUGCAGGAGAUCCGGACCGGGGCGUUCAGCGGCCUGAAAACCCUCAAGAGACUGCACCUCAACAACAACAAGCUCGAGGUGCUGAGGGAGGACACCUUCCUGGGCCUGGAGAGCCUCGAGUACCUCCAGGCUGACUACAAUUACAUCAGCGCCAUCGAGGCAGGCGCUUUCAGCAAACUGAAUAAGCUCAAAGUGCUCAUCCUGAAUGACAACCUUCUGCUGUCCCUGCCCAGCAAUGUGUUCCGCUUCGUCCUGCUGACCCACUUAGACCUGAGAGGGAACCGGCUGAAAGUGAUGCCCUUCGCCGGCGUCCUUGAACACAUCGGAGGGAUCAUGGAGAUUCAGCUGGAGGAGAACCCGUGGAAUUGCACUUGUGACUUGCUUCCCCUCAAGGCCUGGCUGGACACCAUAACUGUUUUUGUCGGGGAGAUUGUUUGCGAAACUCCCUUCAGAUUGCAUGGGAAAGAUGUGACCCAACUGACCAGGCAAGACCUCUGUCCCAGAAAGAGUGCCGGUGACGCCAGUCAGAGAGGCAGCCACGCUGACACACACGUCCAGAGGCUGUCGCCGACGGUGAAUCCUGCUCUCAACCCCACUAGGGCUCCAAAAGCCAGCCGGCCUCCCAAAAUGAGAAAUCGUCCGACUCCCCGGGUCACCGUGUCAAAGGACAGGCAGAGCUUUGGACCCAUCAUGGUGUACCAGACCAAGUCCCCAGUGCCCCUCACCUGCCCCAGUAGCUGUGUCUGCACCUCUCAGAGCUCAGACAACGGUCUCAACGUCAACUGCCAAGAAAGGAAGUUCACGAAUAUCUCCGACCUGCAGCCCAAACCUACCAGUCCAAAGAAACUCUACCUAACAGGGAACUAUCUCCAGACUGUCUAUAAGAACGACCUCCUCGAAUACAGUUCUUUGGAUCUGUUGCAUUUAGGGAACAACAGGAUCGCAGUCAUUCAGGAAGGUGCCUUCACAAACCUGACCAGUUUACGCAGACUUUAUCUGAACGGCAAUUACCUUGAAGUGCUGUAUCCGUCCAUGUUCGACGGACUGCAGAGCUUGCAGUAUCUCUAUUUAGAGUAUAAUGUCAUUAAGGAAAUUAAGCCGCUGACCUUCGAUGCUUUGAUCAACCUACAGCUGCUGUUUCUGAAUAACAACCUGCUGCGGUCCUUACCCGAUAAUAUAUUUGGGGGCACGGCCCUCACCAGGCUGAACCUGAGAAACAACCACUUUUCUCACCUGCCUGUGAAAGGGGUCCUGGACCAGCUUCCAGCUUUCAUCCAGAUAGAUCUGCAAGAGAACCCGUGGGACUGCACCUGUGACAUCAUGGGGCUGAAGGACUGGACAGAGCACGCCAAUUCCCCCGUCAUCAUCAAUGAGGUGACCUGUGAAUCUCCCGCCAAGCACGCAGGGGAGAUACUGAAGUUUCUGGGGAGGGAGGCGAUCUGUCCAGACAGUCCCAACUUGUCAGACGGAACCAUUUUGUCUAUGAAUCACAACACAGACACACCUCGCUCGCUCAGUGUGUCUCCCAGUUCCUAUCCUGAACUCCACACUGAAGUUCCACUCUCCGUCUUAAUUUUAGGCUUGCUCGUUGUCUUUAUCUUAUCUGUCUGUUUCGGGGCUGGUUUAUUCGUCUUUGUCCUGAAACGCCGAAAGGGGGUGCCAAGUGUUCCCAGGAGUGCCAACAACUUAGACGUGAGUUCCUUCCAGUUACAGUAUGGGUCUUACAACACUGAGACUCAGGAGAAAGCCGACGGCCACGUCUAUAAUUACAUCCCUCCGCCUGUGGGUCAGAUGUGCCAAAACCCCAUCUACAUGCAGAAGGAAGGAGACCCAGUGGCCUAUUACCGCAACCUGCAAGAGUUCAGUUACAGCAACCUGGAGGAGAAAAAAGAAGAGCCAGCCACACUUGCUUACACGAUAAGUGCCACUGAGUUGCUGGAAAAGCAGGCCACACCAAGAGAGCCCGAGCUGUUGUAUCAGAACAUCGCCGAGCGGGUCAAGGAGCUCCCGAGCGCAGGGCUCGUCCACUAUAACUUUUGUACCUUACCUAAAAGGCAGUUCGCCCCUUCGUAUGAAUCUCGACGCCAAAACCAAGACAGAAUCAAUAAAACCGUUUUGUAUGGAACUCCCAGGAAAUGCUUUGUGGGGCAGUCCAAACCAGACCACCCUUUACUGCAAGCUAAGCCGCAGUCAGAACCAGACUACCUCGAAGUUCUGGAAAAACAAACUGCAAUCAGUCAGCUGUGAAGGGAAAUCAUUUAGAACCCUCUGGCAUCAAAGGCUGCUGCUCCAAACUGUUGGAAGCACUGCAUUUGCUUUUGUGUUUGUUUGUGUUCUCCCUUUCCCAGCCUCAGUGGAGGACUCUGAAAAUGUUUGGGGGAUGGGGUGAAGCAAUGAUCCUGCUUUUUCAAGUUUUCCUUUAAAUUAUUUCUCUCUGGCUCUCCCCACCCCCACCUGUCUUUUCCCUUCUCUCCUUAGGAACCACCGUUGAACAUGAAUUUUUUUCAUGUAUGUUGUUUAUGGUUUUGUUCCUUCUUUCUUCUUUUAUUUUUCCAGUGUGGGAAUGGGAAGAGGAGAUUAUAGUGAAUGAAGAAAAGAGUAAGCGAACUUUCCAAUGAAAGUGGAUAUUUAGUGUAUUUUGUCGAAGAUCUCCAAAGAUCUUUUGAGACUAUAAAUUCCUUUGUAAAUAAUGAUAUAUGGUAUUUCCGUCUUCAGUUACCAAGUAUAGCCACUAGGCAUCACUUCUUCGUGUUAAAGUGCCUUUGCACUUUAAGUACCUUACUUAAAUGUUGCUUUUAGCUUUGAUAAAUUGACAUAUUUUAAUGUGUUGUAUUUUUGAAAUUGAAAACACUGUAAAAUAGAUUGAACUGUCAGCUAUAUUAAGUCAACGUACAGUUUGCUUGAGUUAUAGAAACCAGCCUGUCAUCAAAUGAUUCUAGUUGUAGGACUUUAUAGACUUAACUGUAAAAUAUUUCCUUUCCUUUGGGUUUGUUCUAAGUGAUUUUAUUUAAGUCAACUAAGGGGAUUUAACAGUGGACUAGAGGUAAUAAACCGCCUCAGUUGGGAUUAGUAAUUCAUUAAUAAAAUAUAUUUAACCCAAUAUCAGAGUGAAUUGAACAAUUAAUGCCCUUCCGUAAAUCAUUAUUUUACACUAACAUGGUCAGUGUUUUAGAUUAUUUUCCUAAUUAAGAAUACAUUACACAACUUGUAAUAUAUUUUUUCUGCAUUAAAUUAGAUAUUUUUAUAUAUUUAAUGAAAGAGUCUGUAUUUCUAACUUUUUAAUUGAAAUUAAUAUUUUUUCUGCCUAUCGAAACAUUUUCUAUAAACACAACCAGUAGAGGCCGCCACACACCUCAUUUAAUAAAGACAUAUGAGCCAUUAAAUACUUUGAAGGAAGACUUCAAAGGUGAGAUUGAAACUUCCCAAGUAAGUUCUCUGCAAAUUCAAGGCGGCAGAGACAAAUGUAUAUGUUACUUUCUGUUUCUUUUAGGAUCAAAGAUUAGACUCAGAAACUUUCUCAAUUUUCACAUUUUCAGAGAAAGCAGCGUUUCCCUCUUGAGUUUAUGGAAGUAUUAACGGGGUGCUAUCAAAUCAUGUACUAUUUGCAUCUCCAACCCGAUUAAUAAGUACCUAAACUAAGAAAGUAGGCGUCUUUUUUCUUCUGCCUUCUUAAGGCAUGUGUUACUUGAAUUUUCCCUUGUCAGCUUGAGCAACCUUUCCGCUUUGGUCUUAGCAUUAAAAUGAUUUUAACUAACCAAGUCUAUAUAACAUUUACGAAGCCUUAAUAGCCUGUAGAUAAUUUUUAGAUGCAAGUAUUAUUGUGUGAUUUAAACAAACAGCCCUUCUUUACAACAAAAAAUAGUUUUGUUUUGUCUAUUGUAAAUCCUUAUGCAACUGGGAGGGUGAUCUGCAUAUAAAGUAGUCCAGCUUUUCAGUUCCUUAUUAAAGCAAUUGAUGGCGUCUGAAAGAA